CAUUUACUGUAUAAUGGUUCAUGUUUGACACGAUUAGAAAAGGAUUAGAAAAAGGAUUUUAACUGGUCAAACAACUUAGAAAAUAUAGUUCUUCAUAUAUUACCAAUUCUGGGCAACGGGUGUUUGUGUGUCACUCAAUGAUGAAGUGGACAUUUAUCGUUUUUCUUGGUAGCUCCUUGGCUGUGAUUACCUUAAGCUGGACGUAUCAUUACUCAAAUGAGACCAUGAACUGGACUGAGGCCCGACGUUGGUGCCAAACCUAUUACACAGACAUGGUGGUUAUCCAAAGCCAGAUAGAGAAUGACUAUCUGGUCUCCAAGCUGCCAAACAGAGAUAAGAGUCCAUAUUAUUGGAUUGGAAUCACUAAAAACCACAUGAAUGAAAAUUGGACCUGGAUUGGGAAUAACAGCACGUGGGUCGGUGAGCAGUCAUGGGCAAAAAACGAGCCCAAUAACAAGCACAGCACAGAAUUUUGUGUUGAAAUCUACGUAAACGGAAAUCAAAACCGAGGGAAGUGGAAUGAUGAUAAAUGCAGUCUUCCAAAAUCCCCUGUUUGUUAUAAAGCCCAAUGUAAUGCAACAUCAUGUGGCAGAGGAAGAUGCCAGGACAUCAUGGAAAACAUAACCUGCCACUGUGAACCUGGCUUUAAGGGAGACAGAUGCCAAACAGCUAUGGAAUGCCCUCCUCUGUCUCAGCCUGAUAACGGAUACCUUAGCUGCUCGGGAGGAAACCUGACAAUCAACUCAACCUGUCGAUUUAAAUGCUACCCAGGCUUCCUGAUAAUAGGCCCGCCAGAUGUUACCUGUGGUGUCACCGGGGACUGGAGUGGCCCAAGACCUGUUUGUACAAGCUAUAAACAGGCUCUGUUUGCUGUCGUUGGGUGUGGGCGCUCUUCAGCCCUCUGCUGCAUCUGUUUCUGCUGGAUGAAACAUAAAAAAAGAAAGGAACUUGCUCAUGUAAGGCAGCCUGAAGAAGUGACAAGUCCAUCCACUGAGGCAGAAGGAUAAAGGACAACUGGGACCUCUUUUAUGUCUUAUUAGAAUAUAUCUUUAUUGAAAAAAAUGCAGUUACUCGUAUUUACUUUAGUACAUUGUUAAAGCCUCUGAACACCCACACAGGUGUUUUCAGUUAUGCUGUCUGAUUAGACUCUUUUUAGGUUUAAAGUGGGCCAGAGCUUUGAUGGGAACGUAUUAGGUCACACAUUCUUUUCUACCAAUAAGGAUGACACAGGUGUCAUUUCUCCCGCCCUAACAGGUGCAACAGCACUAACGGUGGACUCAGGAAGAUGUCAAUCACUCAGUCUAACCCCACCCACACAGUCCAAUCAGCCACAUUAACUAUAAACACCUGUGUGGGUGUUCAGGGCCUUUUUAUUAAGUAAACCUAGUCCCUGCCUGUGUAAACUGUG